AUGAAAGACUUAAAAUACAAAUACGUCCCAGGUCCUGCGUGGUACACGUUCCUACCGAGAUGCUCCGCGGUUCUCGAAUGGGCCCUGGGGCCGCGUCGCGCACCUCUUUCUCUCCUUCCAGGGAACAGAUACCCCGUCUACUGUGCCCUGCAGCCCCGCAGGCCCGUCUGCAGGAAACGGAAAAGAAGCACAUUUCCAGCCUUUGGGAAAGAAGUGUGUUGCAUCGAUCAUUCGAUGUGCCCUCUCCCCAGCACUUUUCAUCGAGAGCCCAUCUGCUGUGAGUGUUUGGCCAAAUUUGGGGGACACCUGCCAGUGCCCAGGGAUAAGGCAGAACUGCCUUACUGGGUCCCUCUCUCCUUGAGACCCCAAAAUAAGAUCCAAAAGAUGGUCCGGUCUUAUAUUCCCAAAACCACCAAGGCAUGCCUCUGCCCAUGCCACCGCUUUGGGGGCCACCUCCCGAUGCCUAGGGAUCAGGCCGUGAUGCCCUACUGGGUGCCCCAGGUCCUGAGGUCUCACAAGAAGGUGGUGAAAAGGCAGCAGAGUUUUAAAGGCAUCCCAGAAGCCCCUCUGGAUGUGCGCUCCGGGUACAACCGCUGGCGGAUCUGUGGCGAAGGGCACCAUCUCCUCAAGUGGCAGCAGCUCCAGGCUCUUCACCAGGCUGGGCCGGUGGCCUCGGGGCGGCCAGAAGGCCCCCCAGCCCCCUUCCUGCCCCUCAACCUCAGCCUCCUGACACUCCUCCAUGCUCUGCUGAGGGUCAUGGUGGGCAUCCGGAGCCCUGUAGACGUGAGCACAGGCCAGGGAGCCGGGCGCUGCCGGGAAACGCAUGCUCCUUCUCUCCAUAUCUGUUACAGGCCCCGCGGUUCACUGUCUGCUCGGAAAUUGGACCUAUCCUGUUCUCUGCACACUAUUCCCAUCUCUAUCACCACCAUCACCAUCACCAUCAUCCUCAUAAUCAGCAUCUUCAUCACUAUCCCCACCCACCUCAUCACCACCAUCAGUUUUCUGUUUCCAAUUUGGGCAUUCUUUGCGACCGCAGGCUACCUUGCUGGUGGUCUGGACUACGGUUCUGUGGUCCAGAUGCAGCCACUGAAGGCCUGA